AUAGUUAACUUACCGCCGAUUAAUUUCCUUGUGUCUAAGAUGACAAGCUUAACCAAAAAGAAAUUAGCUGGGAAAGUAGCCAUUGUCACCGGCGGUGCAAGCGGCAUCGGCGAAGCCACGGCACGCCUGUUCGUCGCUCACGGUGCCCGUAUGAUCAUCAUCGCCGAUAUCCAAGACCAUCUAGGCCAACAAGUAGCCACAUCGAUCGGUUCUCAAAACUGUACUUACAUGCGCUGUGACGUUACCGACGAGGAUCAGGUGAAAGCACUGGUCCAAUCUACCGUCGAAAAUUACGGUCAGCUUGAUAUCAUGUUUAGCAAUGCCGGGAUUCUUAGUAAAUCAGAUCAGACCGUUCUUGACCUUGAUUUCCAACAGUUUGAUCGGCUGAUGGCGAUCAACCUCCGCGGCACGGUUGCAUGUGUAAAACACGCGGCGCGUGCGAUGGUGGAUAGCGGGGUGAGAGGAAGCAUAGUGUGCACGGCGAGUGUGGCGGCCAGCCGUGGAGCCUUGCGGCGGACGGAUUAUGCGAUGUCGAAGCACGCGGUGUUGGGAUUAGUUCGAUCGACGAGUAAGCAGCUUGGGGUUCAUGGUAUAAGGGUGAACUGCGUGUCGCCAAACGGGGUGGCGACGCCGAUGACGUGCCAGGCGCAUGAGAAAAGUGUGGAGGAGGUUGAGGAAAUCUACGAGGCGGGAAGGAUUCUAAAAGGAGCUGUGUUGAGAGCUGGAAAUGUGGCCGAUGCGGUGCUGUUUCUCGCAAGUGAUGACUCGGAGUUGAUUACUGGCCAUGACCUCGCCGUGGACGGUGGCUUCCAAGAUAGGUAAGUUGCUUUUGCCUGAACUUUUAUUGUACUCCUAUAUAUU